AUCGCCGGAAGCGGUGUCAAUUGUUUAUUGUCCCUUCUCUCAUUUAACAUGGCGACAUUCUUUGGUGAAGUUCUUCCAGUUUUUUCCCGGGCGACGGGCGACGACGACGAUUUCGACGAAGAUGAAGAGCAGGAAGUAGACUUAACGUGGAAAACAAGUGUCCAGUGGUGUGAAGCAGCAGAGCGAAAACUCCAAGAUAACAAGUUACCAUGUUCUUUGUUGAUAAUUUCUGUUGGUCAAGUGGCAUCAGGUUUUUGCCAGGCGUAUUUGUUAAAGGAAAGCCCCAAACCUGCUGGAUGGCUGUCCACCUCUUUGACCACUGAUGAUUCAACACUUGAUCAUAAUGCUGAAGUGUAUCUCUGUGGGAAAGAUGCUGUGUUUAUUCAGUGCACAAAGGAAAUAUCACCAGAGCAAUCAUUCUGCUGGGUGCACAAGGUCUUUGAUUCUCUCCAGAUGAACUCCACUGAAGUGUUUGUUCUCACUUCAGCGCCAGCCAGUGACUUCCGAACUGAAGCCUCUCUUUCUCAAUUAACCGUACCAUUUCUUCGUACUUUAAGAAGUUCCAGUACAUGCUGUUUGCAGAGACCGCCUUGUCCUUACCUUGAACAACCAAAUCUUAUUUCUUCUCUCUCAGCACAAAUUCUGACCUACUGCCAAAUCUUUAGAAUUCUUGCCCAGUUAUUUGUCUGCUAUUGUGAGUCUAUACACAUCGAUUCCACUACAAUCAAAGCGUUUUCACCUCUUCUCAAACUUGAUAAAUUUGUAUCCAUCACUCAGAAUGAAACUUUUGCAAGUGCAGCUAUCAAGAAAUUCGUGGAUCUUCAUUCUCCUUCAAAUUCCCUUUACUUAUAACUUGAAAUAAUAAAGUAUUUAAAAUUUG